AUGUCGACAGUCGCCGACGACCUGCUCAACGAUUUUGGAAGCUCAGGAGACGAGGCAGAUGAGCUGGACAACGAAGGUCUCGUACUCACAGAAAAGCCGGAGAAAGCAGCGAAUGGCGAUCGCGAUGCCAUGGAUGUGGACGAUGACGACGACAAUGACGAAGGCUCAGAAGAUGAAGGCGCAGGUGCAUUGAACGACAUGGAAGAUGCAGAAGCAACCAAGGCAAAGGUCGAGAAGAUGCAGCUGGGUGCCGUCAAAGACGUCCGCAGCGUGGCCAGUCUGAUGCAGACGCUGGAACCUAUCCUCGAGAAAAUCACAUAUUACCAGUCGCAACCGACGGCGCAGCAAACCAGCGUUGGCAACAUUGAAGACCACCCCGAGUACCACCUGUUGACGCAGUCCAACAGCCUAUCGACCAUGAUAGACGGCGAAGUCGCGCUUGUGCACAAGUUCAUUCGCGAUCAUUACUCGACUCGUUUUCCCGAACUAGAACGCCUCGUUACGACCCCGUUGGAAUAUGCCAAGGUGGUGGCCAUCAUUGGAAACGACAACCCUCUUGGCGUCGGACUAAAGGCUGUCCUCGACGGACCCUCACUCAUGAUUGUUACGGUGGAAGCCACCACCUCGAAAGGACAUGAAAUGGUGGCCGAGGAGCUACAACGAGUACGACAGGCCUGCGAAAUGAUGAUUGCCCUUCACAGAGCGAAGCAGACUCUCACAGAAUACGUGCAAUCACGAAUGAACAUUUUCGCACCCAACUUGACGAUCCUCAUCGGCUCACUCACGGCUGCACAACUCCUUAAUGCUGCUGGAGGUCUGACAGGUUUGUCCAAGACACCAGCAUGCAAUAUUCCUUCCUGGGGCUCCAAGAAACGACAGGCCGGCCUAGCAACCAACAUCGGCAUCCGUCAGCAAGGCUACCUCUACAACUCUGAGAUUAUCCGGGGUAUUCCCAACGACUUGAAGAAGCAAGCGAUGAGAAUCGUGGCAGCCAAGCUCGUCUUGGCCGCACGAGUCGAUCGCAUCCACUCCAGCGCCGACGGCUCAACAGGAGAGCAACUGAAAUCUGCCUGUCUAGAAAGGCUGGAGAAGCUUACCGAGCCCCCGCCUAACAAGGGACAGCGAGCGCUACCCGUGCCGGACGAUAAACCCGCCCGAAAGCGAGGUGGUCGUCGGGCCAGGAAGGCCAAGGAGGCGCUCGCCAUGACGGAGCUGCGCAAGGCCCAGAACCGCAUGGCAUUUGGCAAGGAGGAGAAGGAGGUGGGCUACGGCACGGGCGAAGGCACGGUGGGCAUGGGCAUGAUUGGCCAGUCCAACGACGGACGUAUUCGCGGCAUGCAGGUCGAUCAACGCACGCGGGCCAAACUCGGCGUCAAGAACAAGGGCUGGGGCGGCGCCAGCACACUGGGCGGAGGCACAGCAUCAUCCAUUGGAGGCUUUGGUAUGGCUCCCGGCAUGGACCUCCGCGGCAAGGGGCUCCGGACAUCGGGCGUGGGAAGCACCGUCGGCUCUGCGACCGGUACUCAAUCAUCAUUGGCUUUCACUCCCGUCCAGGGCCUAGAGCUGGUCGACCCCAAGGUGCGCGCCGAGCUCAGCCGAAAGCGCAAAGCAGAGGAAGACAAGUGGUUCAAGGGCGGCAGCUUCACGCAGGUCGGCAACGGCGGCGGAGGUGGCUUCAAAGUCCCGGACCUGCCGGCGUCGAAGCGGGUCGAUACCGGAGCUUCAAAGAUGGGCCCGCCUCCGGUGCCGAACCGAAAAUGA